AUGCUUUCACCGAUCAGUGAUUUAGUGCCCAGAUUGAGUGCCUGCGCGGCUUCAUCCGCUCGUGAGGACAACCGUAUUGCCAGCUACUACUACUACUACUACUACUACUACUACUACUACUACUACUACUACUACUACUACUACUACUACUACUACUACUACUACUACUACUACUACUACUACUACUACUGUAUGGUACAAUGA